GAAUCAAGAACGUGGAGCUUUUGAAUAAAAAAUUGGAAAAUCACGUUGUAUUAGUAUCGAUUUUAUGCACAAUUUCGCAACUUUGAGAGCCAUACAAGUUGCAUAUACCUUGGAUUCGAAUUGAUUCCUGUAGUGUGGAAAUUAGAAGAGAACUCGCAUUCGAUAUUAAGCAAAACAAAACAACAACAUAUCGAGAUAUUUCGAAAAGAAAACCAGAAAACGAAGCAGCUUUUGAGAAAAUUUUUGUCAAACCCGGACAACUAUAUUUUUGUCAGUCACACCCAUAAUAAUAAUAAUAAUCAAAUUCUACGCUUAACAAUCAAAAGUCGUCGAGGGGACAGAACAAAUAUGUCCAGACUUCUGAUGGCCGCCCCAUCGCGGCUGUCCCGUGAGAUACGCACCAAUCGAUUGAACGGUUUUGUGAACAUAACGCGACAAAUGGCCGGCAAGACACCGACCAAGUCGGCGGCAUCCACUUGUCCGGCACCGGAGCCGCCGAAGUUGAAGCCCGGCUACUUUCCCAGCGGCGGAACACAUGCCGUGUUCAGCGAUCUGCCCAAGCCGGAGGGCGACUUUAUGCAGGCAUGGUCCGCCAAGAACUCCAAGUACAAUAUGGUUAUGCUGAGCGGAAUAUUGGCCUUGGUUGGCAGCAUUGUCCUGGUCGCGACCUCGGAUAAUAUGCCUCUGUUUGCCAAUGUGCCCGACUAUCCGUACACCGAGGACGAGAUGGAGGAGUUUGAGGUGGAGGAGCAGCGCCGGCAGGAGGAGAAGGAGGAGCGCGAGCAGCUUCAUCAGGAUUUGGUCGAGGCCAAGGAACUGAAAAUUCGACGUCGCAAGGCCAAGGAUGCCAUGGCCCGUGAGGUGGAGCUAAUGCAAAAGGAUAUGGAUGAGGGCGUCGACGAUGGUGAAAUGGCUGAGCUUGUCCAGCUGACACAGGAGCGCGAAGAGUUCGAGAGCUGGGAAAAGGAGGAAAUGAAGCGCCUCGAGGAGAAAGAAAAGGAACGCGACAAAAUCAAAAAGGAAAAGGAAAAGGCCAGACAAGAGCAGCUAAAGCAAAUCGAAAAGGAUCGAAAGGAGCGCCAAAAAGCCAACUAACUUCCACUCGCAAUCCAUGUAAACACAACAACACGCACGUUCUCAUGUUCCACAGCAACAAAGCAUAGAUUAUUUUGUUGGCCCAAUAACUUAAUUCCACUUGCUUCCAACACUUAACAACAGCAAAGAACCAAAAGCACCAAAACUCCAAAAAUAAAUGUAAACGAAACAGGGAACAAAACCAAAUAACACAAACAACACAACAGCAAUAUAGUAGACAAAAUUAACAAUAGUUAAUUAAUUUAUUUAAUUAACUCACCAAUUUCAUAUGCUUUGGAAAAUGGUUAAGAAUAAAUAUUGUCAUUGUCUGUAUGAAAGUUUCGAUAUUUUCAUACAUCAUACAUCCGCUCAACAAA